CUCGCAGGUAGUCAGCUGACCGGCGGCUGGGAGGAAUCCGGGAGGGAAACCUGGACCCGUUAGAGGAUCGAUUCCGCGGCCAUGGAUCUGACGAAUUCAACGAAACAACUUAGUUAAGAAACAGAAGAAACUUACCUCGACGCUUGUUAGGUUUCUGUAGCUGGAAACAAGAAGAAGAUUGAAGAAGAAGAAGAAGAAGAAGAAACGUUUCAGAAACUUCAGAUUUGUUUUCUUCUGCUUCGCUUUAAAAAAAAAAAAAACGAGUCGUGACGUGUUUUGUGCCGUGAAACUUUCCAAAAUGUCGCCGGAUUCGCGGUUUCUGGUCAUGUUCUGGUUCAGCACAGGGGUUCUGGCCUCUUACGCUCAAGAGUGUGGCCGACCACCGUUACUGGAGAACAGGAUCGUGGGGGGCAUGGACGCCGAGGAUGGGGCUUGGCCCUGGCAGGUGGAUGUGCAGAAAGACAAAGACGGUCAUAUCUGCGGAGGCUCCAUCAUCACGGAGAGCUGGAUCCUAUCAGCCGCUCAUUGUUUCCCCAAUCCUUUGGAUGUGAGCUCCUACAUCAUCUAUGCUGGCCGGUACCAGCUGGAUGGCUAUAACCAGCACGAGUCAUCGCAUCGCAUUCGACAGGUGGUGAUCCCAUCCGGUUACAGUGAGCCUAACAACGGAAGAGACGUGGCGCUGGUGCAGCUGAGCAGCCCGGUGACCUGGUCUGAUAACAUUCGUCCCGUCUGUUUGCCGACAUCUAACACGCUGUUCCCAAGUGGCAUGGUGUGCUCCGUCACUGGCUGGGGGAACAUCAGGGACGGUGUCCCUCUGUCAGGAGUCAAGACUCUGCAGGAAGUGCAGGUGCCAAUCAUCUCCCAGCGUUUAUGUCAGACCAUGUACCAGACGAACCCAUCGGAUCAGGUGGACAUCCUGUCUGACAUGAUCUGUGCUGGAUACCAGGAGGGUGGCAAGGACUCCUGCCAGGGUGACUCAGGAGGGCCUCUUGUGUGCCAGAUGAUAAAUGGGACAUGGGUGCAGGCCGGGGUGGUCAGCUUCGGACUGGGCUGUGCCGACCGAAAUCAGCCGGGUGUGUACGCCAGACUGACCAGCUACUCCAGUUUCAUCAGCAACACGAUACCAGAGAUCAGGCUGUACGGCCGAGCGGAUCAGAACUGGUGCGGGAGGGCUGCCAUCGUGGUCAGUUGCCUGUCCACUCUACUGAUCCUGCUGCAGAAAUAAAUCCACUCUGAAAACUGGAUUUCUGGGAGGAAGAAUGUAAACCAGGUCAAAAAAGUAGGGUUAUCGUAAAUAUAUAACUUAUGUCCAAAGUGAUCCUGAAUAGUUCAACUAAAAAAACUAUGACAUGCACAUGGAGCCAUAUUGAACAUUAAGUGUACUAAAGAAAAAAUUGUAAUGAAACUGCAUUAUCUUUGAGUCAAAGUAGCUUUGAUAGGUUUGUAUUUUAAAUCAGAAAAAUUAGCUAAAUAAAUUAUGUCUUCUAUAUUUGAAAUAAAUUGUUCAUUUGAUCAU